AUGGCUGCACAUUGCCAAACUCUACCAGGAACGACAACAAGUGCGACUGCACCGGGUGUGAAGAUGAAGAUCGAUGGGAUUGCACGACGUGUAGCUGCCCUUCCGGCGAGCUGGAUUGCGGAACAGGUUUCGGAUGCGGGCCAAGAGCUGGAGAUCUCUUCUUCGCCUGUGAAAGAUGCUGGAUUCCCUUGUUACAGAGGAACGACGGCGAGUGCAACUGCGAGGAAUGUGCCGCUUUAUUUCUUUAUUCAUCAUGUUUGCUGGGUGUUUGUUCCGUGGUUCUCAAGUCUUUUGAACAAGAAUUCCGCUGUCAAGGAAGAUGAAGCAAACUGGACCUGUGCCAGCUGUGGCGGCUGUCCCGACAAGUGUGGCCCGGGAGGAUCUGCGGUUGUUUGCGUCCGGUGCACAGUCGACGAGGUUAAUGUUUGUUCUCAUUCUGCACGCGGCUUCGAGAAACUAGUUGAGCCCGACCUGGACCAAGACCACAACGACCACAACGACCACAACCACCACAACCACCACGACAACCACGACAACCACGACGACAACGACGACAACGACCACAACCACAACGACAACAACGACCACAACGACAACGACGACAACGACAACGACGACAACGACAACGACCACAACUACAACGACAACGACCACAACUACAACGACGACCACGACCACAACGACCACAACGACCACAACGACAACGACGACAACGACCACAACUACCACGACGACAACGACCACAACGACCACAACGACCACAACGACAACGACGACAACAACGACCACGACACCGAUGCCGGUCACGGAUGUCGAACGUUUUCGGGUUGGCAGCCAAAGCGGCAGUUAGCGGCGCAGGAGGUCUUCAUCACGGAGAUUGCUGAUCCGAGAAACAACGCCGGAGGGCGCUAUGUCGAGUUGUACUCCGUGAACGGCCAGUCUCUCGCCGGCCUCCGCUUGGUGCAGUGGACGAACGGCAACCUUGUGUAUUCGUCCUCCUCGGCAACGGACCUGGGAACCUUGACAUCUCUCCCCCCUAGUGGCUUCCUCAUCGUUUGCUCUGACAAAGCUAUAUUCGAUUCCUUGUACACACCUGCCACAUGCCAUCAUGAAGCAAGUGCAGCGGACUCCAACGGUGGCGACAGCAUUGGAAUCAUAGAUGUCUCAGACAACAUCAUCGAUAUCUUUGGGAUUCCCGGUGAGCUCGGAGUUGGCACUGCACGCGACUUCGUGGGUGGUCGGGUGGAGCGCAGGGAAGGUGUUAACUCAUCCAGAGCUGCUUGGCGUGCCGCCUAUUGGAAUAUUCAAAGCGGCGCAGAUGCGCCGGGAAGCUUCGAUCCACACAGAUGGGUUGGAGCUCCCGCGGUUUCAACAGUGAAGGCACUGUCUGAAUACGUCGCCGAGGAACUGAGUCCGUUUGUGUCCCUGGCCUUGGACGCAGCAAGGACCGAUCUCUCCAAGACGCAGGUAACACUGGCGAGAAGUGAUACAGUGCUCGGUGCCAUUCUAGCUCUUACGCUGCUGACGAACCCGUAUGCAGCAGACUCGCCGCCGUCUUUGAUACAAGUGGAGGCGGCGAGACCAGGCGACACUCGUUCCGUUUUUGCAGCAUUCUCAAAUGCGUACGUCCAGCAGCUGCUAUACCCGGCGCUAUUGGUCGGCGCCAUAGAUGAGCGUGAAAACAUAGCAACCUGGAUUCCUCCAACUGCCGCAUAUCGUCCCUCGGGCGGAGAGACGAUAUCUGUGGGCACUGCCAGUGGAAGGCUUGGACAUCAUUUUCUCCACGCGAAUCUUGCGACUGUGGAGUCUCAGUCCUGGGCCGACAUCGUGGGAAGCCCUGCGACCGCGAAGACCUAUUGGAGGUUGACGCAGAACACAUCGUACCCUGCCCGCGCAGCCUGCGUCCGGCUUGGCGCCGACAACACGUGGACGCAGGCAGCAGUCUCUCGCCCAACCGCCACAGAGCUGCAAGCUGCAGGCAUUACAGCAGACCUCAGUGGGUUCUGGUGCGUGGCCGCGCGGGGUUUCGGUUUAUUCGGCAUCUUCGUUCCGUUCGCAUCCGAAACCACAACGCCAGAGCCGAGUACGACGACUGAAGCAUCCGUGGCCCAAGACGUGCAGGGCCAGGUUGUGUCGCUGGCGAGCGCACUGGUCGCCGACACCAUCAGUCAAGCGUUACAAGAUCCAUCGAAUCCUGUGGUCGUGCCAAAACCAAAUCCACCGGUCGGGACAACGGUGGACCUCAUCACUCUUCCCGUUCCCGGCGCGGACAGUUCGUCAUUUCUGACGCUGACGAAGCCCGAUGAGGGAGCGAUCCCGAUUGCCAUCCCGACGGCGCUCCGGUCCUCCAUUGCCGCACCCUACGCGGCUGUUUUGGUCGCCCAAGUCCAGGUUGAGCAAUCGAAUUUGGAAGCACUGGGUCUUCCCGCAGCCUUGGCAAGCAGGCCGAGUGUGACGACUGCCGAAGGGAAGCAGCUCAAGCUUGGCUACAAGAUGGUGGAGGUAAGCUUCCUUGACCUCGACCUGGGUGGCGGCGCGCAAGUCUUGGCUGUCCCGAGCUCGUCCAGCCCCAUCUACAUGAGGCUCUCUGAUCAGAACUUCUCCGGUGCCGUGUGCGCCUUUCUCAAUGCUGCGAACGAGUGGUCGGAGGCCGGUACCAACGUGCCGACCACGGCAGAGAUCAGCGCGGCUUUUGGGCCUGACAUUGCCGCUGCGGGCGGCUUCUGGUGCUCUGCCUACCACCUUUCGCUCUUCGCAAUCCUCGAGGCCGAAUUGGCACCCACGACAACUACGAGCACUGGUGCGAUUCCGAUGGCCCAGAGCGUCCAAAGUGCGGUCCUGUCGCAAGCGACGGCAAGCGGGCUAAUAAGCGACGCCACCAGUCGAUCCGUCGAUCAAACCAUGGACAAUCCACUGGAGGCCGCGGUCGUACCAAGCUCAACUCCACCUGCCGGGAUGAAGCAGGACGUCAUCACUCUCCCGUUUGCCCCCCUGGACAAUUCAGCAUUUAUGAUGCUGACCGUGCCCGGUGAUGGAGCGAUCCCCAUUGCCAUCCCGACAACGAUGCGGGAUUCCAUUUCCGACAUGAUCAUAUCCCAUCCGGUUUUGCUGGUCACCCAAGUCGAAUUUGGCCUAGCGAAUUUGGAAGCACUGGGCCUUCCCGCAGCCUUGGCGAGCAGGCCGAGCGUGAUGACUGCUCAAGGGAAGCAGCUCAAGCUUGGCUACAAGAUGGUGGAGGUGAGCUUGGUUAAACUCGACUUGCGUGGCAGCUCAGAAGUCUUCGCUGUCCCGAGCUCGUCCAGCCCCAUCUACAUGAGGCUCUCCGAUCAGAACUUCCCUGGUGCCGUGUGCGCCUUUCUCAAUGCUGCGAACGAGUGGUCGGAGGACGGUACCAGCGUCCCAUCCACGGCAGAGAUCAGCGAGGUUUUUGGGCCUGUCAUUGCCGCGGCGGGCGGCUUCUGGUGCUCUGCCUACCGCCCCUCACUCUUCGCAAUCCUCGAGGCAGCUGGAGACAGCACGCAUGAAAGCGGUACCGCGAUCAAAGUCCAGAACAAGGUCUUCGAAUGGACCGGACCUCUCACGGAGGAUGCGGUUCAAAUGUCAGGCAAUUUUCCAUAUACCUCUGCCGCCAGGAGCACAGUCUUCUCCGAAGACGUCGUGGCGGGUCUCAUCACCCUGCCCUUUGCAGACCCGAUGGCAACUUCUGAGUUCCUGCUCCUCGCAGCCAUGCCUGACAGCACAGUGGCUGCGGCGAUUUUCAGAGAGUUCCGGUCCCUACUGCCUGCAUCGUACCCGGCCUUGGCUGUAGCCUCCUUCGCGACCACCCUUGAAGCGCAAGCUCAAUUUGGUGUGGAUGGCUUGUCGUUUGGAACGAUCGUCGAAACGGGCCAAGGGCAAUUCAAGAUCGGCCCAAGGGCGGUCCAGGUGAGCCUUGUGGACAUGGCCCAAGUGACCUCGAUCACGGCCGUUGACACAUGGUCGAGAGAGGAACCCAUGUACUUCAGGCUCUCCCCAGACGAUGUCUUCGCCGACACCGCGAUCUGUGCUUGGCUCAAUCAUCUGAACGAGUGGGUUCAGGACGACACCUACAGGCCGGACGAGGCCGAGGUCCGAGCCGCUCUCGGCACAGCAUGGAGCCCUGGCUUCUGGUGUGCCACGCUUCACUUUGGGCUCUUCGCGAUUCUCGAGGUCCUGGUAGAACCUGGCGAUGUUGCCGGCGCGAUGCAGAACCUCGUGUUGACCUCUGCAGCAGGGGUGUUCUCUGAAGCACUCGGUGCUGCCUCCACGCAGCCGCAGCAAUCCGCUUCUUUCGGGUGGAGUGCUGGCCCUGGGCUGAGUGGAGCCCUCGUCACUCUUCCGGAGCUCCCCGCGUCGUCACAAGACAGAUUCGUAAACGUCGUGGCGGACAUCUACGAGGAGAUCUUCAUUGCCCUGCCAGCAUGGCUUUCCGAAUCCGUCGGUGGCUACGAUGUUCUAUCUGUUGCUGAGAUCCAGUACGGCAGCAUGAACGCCACAAGUCGGAGCUCUUUGCCAUCGGGGCCCCUAGCUGCAAAGACGAGCGUCACGUUGGCAAAUGGCCAGUCGGCCGUGCUGGGGUCAGUGUUGGUGGAGGUGAGCGUGCUGAGUAACGAGCCGGCCAAUCCGCGAGCCAUCGCUCUCUCGAAUCUUGCCACGCCCAUCUACAUCAGGCUGUCGCCACAGGAGUUCUCAGAUGGAGCGGCGUGUGCCUUCCUAAGCUCCGGCACCUGGUCACAGGACGGCACCUAUCGACCAGAUGCAGCUGAAGUCGCUGCGGCCGUUGGCUUGGAGGCGUCGGGUACGGGAUUCUGGUGUGCCACAAAUCACCUGUCCCUUUUCGGCAUCCUGGAGCCAAUUGAGGAAGCUCCUUGUGAUGGAUUAGCACUCGGAAGCGAGUGCAUUGCUAUUGAAAUCUUGUUGGGAGCAGUAGGGGGACCACUGGGGUGCUGCUCCAUCUGCUGCAUCGUUUACUGCUGCAUCAAAUGUCGGCGCCCAACGGCGGGCAAGGUAAAGCUGACGGAUCAUAGAGGAUCUUCUCAUGAGUUCGGAUUUCAGGUGGUGAAGGAGUCUGCUCUGUCGCGAGUGGUGCGAACUCCGACCACGAAGUCUGGAAAAUCCGGAAGAUCCGGCCAGGAGCACGCGGAGCCAGAAGAGGUGGAAGCAGUCAAGAUCCAUGUGAGGUGGGAUGUGGAUGUCGACAAAGCACAGGAAGCAAACUUCGACUUCAGCGUUGCCCCAGACGGUGAAAAGAAGCAAGAUCGCUUCCUCGCCGUCACAGACACUGGGGUCUUGCUUGCGGAAUCUCCAAAAGUAAGAUCGGCGCUGUCGGCAGAGUCGAACGAUGCACAGAGCGAGUCUCCUCGCAGCUCGAGGCAUCGGAAGCUUUCCGAGGCGGAAGAAAGAGUGCUGGCAGAUAUGGCAGCGGACGACGAGGCAGAGGAGGAGUCAAACCGGGAGCCGCAGGAGCCGAUAGAGAAGGAGGAGGAUCCUGACGACGUCCUCAUAAUCGCAAAUCCAGAUGAUGAUCAAGAUUCACCCAAACGAAUCAAAUCUGUAAUGGGAAACUGGGAGAUGUUCCAAGACGGCGCGCACGUCGAAUAUUGGUCCGCAACACACGCGCAGUGGCUGCAGGGCUAUGUCGACGGCCCGGGCGUCGUCACACCAGCAGAUCCGAACUUCCCGACUUACAACUUGAUUCUGAAAGCGAAGAGGUCUUCCAAGCAAAGACGAGAAUUCGUCGAGCUUUCCGCCUUGAGAAAGCCACUCAGAGAAGGCCAAACUGUCAGUGCCAAAUUGGAUGGCGAGGACAGGUGGCUUCCUGCCGUCGUCAUCGCACGACAGAGCAUUCCACUAGGCUACCGGGUGCUUUUGGUUGAUGGUCCUCACGACGGCGAGAGCGUGACGGUCUUGGCAGACAGAGUUCGCCAUCGGUUUCCAGCCGGUCAGCGUGUGGCUGUGUAUAGAGGCCUCCAGGAAGGCUGGCGUGACGGAGUAGUUCGUGGCGACACGGCUGCUGAAGUUCCCAGUGUAACUGUGGAGCUUGAUUCGAAGAUGGAGAUCGACGGGGAGGUUGUGGAAAGCUUGCAGCAUCUGGUGCAGCCGGUGGAGCGAACAGUUUCCGGAGCGCUGCGGCACUCUGCAUCCUCCAACAGGGUUUCCAUGUAG